GUCCAUAACUGGUUUAUGAAGGACUUAUUGGAAGUUUUUGGUGACUUUUGGAGCAGCUAGUGAAUAUGUGUAACUGCAAUAAUCAGAUUUGCUUGGGCUUCUGCUCUUGGACUGAAGAAUCAAGCUUUAAUUUAGAGAAUAUUGUAAUCUAGAGCAUACAUUUAUUGAUUUACUUGAGCACUUUAUAGAAUAUAACAAAACCUCUCUCAUCUAUUGCAUACUUUUCCUCUUUGUUCUCCGUCAUAUUAACAUACUUCACCCUUUGGGGAAACAGAUCCAGAAUUUCAUACUCUGAUUCAGUUCAAUCUGCCAAUGGCAAAUAAGUUCCAUUCUUCAGUGCUUCUAGUUUUGGUUACAGUGUUACUUUCAAUCUAUUCUUCAGAGCAACUACAAUCUUCCCACUCUCAGACCCUUCUAAGAAUACAACAGCUUUUGAACUUUCCUUCUGUUUUAAGCAGCUGGAAAUACAACACAGACUUUUGCAACACAGAUUCAAAAUCUUCUCUUACUGUUGUGUGCUAUGAGAACACCAUAACUCAGCUGCAUAUAGUUGGUGAAACAAGAGCUUUGCUUCUUCCAAGAAAUUUCUCAAUAGAUUCCUUUGUCACAACACUUGUGAAGCUUCCAAGUUUGAAAGUCCUCACACUGGUUUCUCUUGGUAUAUGGGGUCCAUUGCCUGGUAAGAUUGCUCGUUUGUCAUCACUGGAAAUAGUUAAUGUUAGUUCAAAUUUUCUAUAUGGAGAAAUCCCUCAAGAGUUUCCAUUAUUGUCACAUCUCCAAACACUCAUUCUUGAUGAUAACAUGUUUUCUGGCCAUCUUCCUGAGUGGUUGGAUUCUUUUCCAGCCUUAACUGUGUUGAGUUUGAAAAACAAUUUGUUCAAUGGUUCUCUUCCGGAUUCGCUUAGUAGCUUGGAGGAUCUGAGAAUUCUUUCACUUUCUCAUAAUCAUUUUUAUGGAUCAGUACCUGAUUUGAACCGUUUGACAAAUCUUCAAGUGUUGGAAUUGGAUAACAAUGCUUUUGGACCUCAGUUUCCUAGGCUUGGUGGUAACAAGUUGGUUACUUUAGUACUAAGGAACAACAAGUUUAGGUCUAGUGCUCCUGAUGAAUUGAGCUCUUAUUAUCAACUUGAGAGACUUGAUAUUUCAUCAAAUACAUUUGUUGGGCCAUUCCAGUUAGCACUGUUAUCACUUCCUUCAAUUACUUAUCUCAACAUUUCUGGUAACAAAUUAACUGGGAUGCUUUUUGAGAAUGUGUCUUGCAAUUCUGAACUUGAAGCAGUGGAUUUAUCCUCAAAUCUUUUGACUGGGAGCUUGCCAAAUUGUUUAGUGUCAGAUUCCAAUGAUAGGACUGUUUUGUAUGCUAGAAAUUGUUUAGAGGAAACAAAUCAAGAUCAGCAUGCACAACCCUUUUGUCAUACUGAAGCCUUAGCUGUGGGAAUAUUACCUGAGAGAAAGAAGCACAAACAAGUUUCUAAGACAGUUCUUUCUCUUGGGAUAGUUGGUGGAACUUUUGGAGGAGUAGCACUUGUUGCUUUGCUUUUCCUUAUUAUUAGAAGAGGAAAUGCCAAAAGCAAAAUGAAGAAUCCUCCAACAAAAUUGAUAUCAGAUAAUGUAGCUUCUGGAUACACCUCUAAGUUAUUCUCUGAUGCAAGGUAUAUACCUCAAACAAAGAAUUUUGGAACAUUUGGCCUUCCACCUUAUCGAGCUUUCUCCCUGGAAGAGAUUACGGCAGCUACAAACAACUUUGAUACAGCUUCUUUUAUGGGUGAAGGUUCUCAAGGAAAGAUGAACAGAGGUCAACUGAAGGAUGGUUCACUUGUUGCCAUUAGAAGUGUGAAAAUGACCAAAAGCUACAGGACUCAAGACUUUAUGCACUACAUAGAGCUGAUAUCAAAAUACAGGCAUCAUCAUUUAGCAAGCGCUCUUGGACAUUGUUUUGAAUGUUAUUUAGAUGAUUCAAGUGUCCGCAGAAUAUUCAUUGUCUUUGAGUACAUACCUAAUGGCACACUCAAGAGCUGGAUCUCAGAAGGACAUUAUAGAAAGUCCCUGACUUGGACCCAACGCAUAGCAGCUGCAAUUGGAAUAGCAAAGGGCAUACAAUUUUUGCAUAGAGGGAUUGUCCCUGGUGCAUAUUCAAACAAUCUGAAAAUAACAGAUGUUUUACUUGACCAGAAUUUUGUUGCAAAAAUCAGCAGUUAUAACCUGCCUUUGUUAUCUAACAUGGGAAAGGUUAGUCAAGGAAAUCCUCUUAGUGGAUUCAAAAGUCCUAGUGUUAACAAAAGUGUAAAAAAUGAAGACAAAGCUGAUAUAUAUGAUUUUGGAGUAAUACUGUUGGAGCUCAUUCUAGGAAGGACAAUAAAGUCAAGGAAUGUGAACACUUUAAAGGAUCUGUUGCAAGAAAGCAUAACAGCUGAUGAAGAAGCUAGGAGGAGCAUUAUAGAUUCAGCAGUUAGCAAGGCAUGCUUGGAUCAAUCAUUGAGGACAAUGAUGGAGAUUUGUGUGAGGUGCCUAGUUAAAGAGCCAGAAGAUAGGCCCUCUUUAGAGGAUAUUUUGUGGAAUUUGCAGUUUGCUGCUCAAGUCCAAGAUGCAUGGAGAGGGGACUCUCAAAGUAGUGAUGGAUCUCCCAUCUCACCUUUAGCAUCUAGAAGAAUGACAUUCCAUUAGUGUCAAUACAGAGGUUUUUCACUUUUUGUGUUGAUGUAUAUUUGCUAAAAGCCUAGAAGAUAAAUGUUUACAGAAUGUGAGCUUUGUAGUUUCAGCAUCAGAAUAGUAUAAGUAUAUUUUGUUUCUUUUCACUCAAAAAACUGCUGAACUUCUAAUGAAAAAUUGUAUUGUCAAUACUUACACCAUUUAAGGUAAUGAA